AAACCGCACUCACCCCAGAGUCCUGAAGCGCACAUUACUCAGAACCUGAAAGAUAUCGAGGUCACAUGGUGCGAACCUCGCGAAUGUGCAGGCACUCCACUGACCAACUACCAACUAGAGUUUCGGCCGACCAACCGGCGCGCUUGGCAGACUUUAACUGUCCCUGGUACUUUUGAUGAGCCACUCUGCAUCCCUGCAAGUCAGAAAAAUCUGUUUAUUCCUGUGUCAUCUAAGGAGACCAGCUCAACCCUGGCGGCUAACACCGACUAUUUUUUCCGUGUGGCUGCCAGAAAUGAAGUCGGUCUCAGUGAGUUCGCUGAGACCCGUGACUCUAUUCGAACACCUCUCAAGCCUGGUAAGCGGCUUAUACUUUAUUUGGCUGACAGCUUACGAUUGGCCUAG